AUGAUUAUGGCUAAAACUACUAAUCACCUUAUGAUAUAGGAAACAGUGUCAAAAGUCUUACUCUUCCAAACAGCCAGAAUAAAUAGAAGUGAUUUGAAUAGUAUGAUAGAUGAUAAGGAAAUGGGAGCACUAACCCAAAUGCUUUCUUUUUAAGAUCCAAAUUUAGACUUAAAGUAUGAAGGCUCCUUAGAGUAAUAGGCACGAAACAUGUCAUCUUUGGAAUUAAUUACCUAGAGAAAUAGCCCUUUGCUAAGUGGUCGUGAUUCAAACAGCCUUUCAAGAUUAGAGCUCAGAAUAAAUAACUAUGAUAAACCUAUUAAUGAGAUUUCGAGAGUACCUUUAAAACCAGCUUCUUGGAGAAGUAAGUCUGAUAGAGAAGGUGAUGACUAUUAAAACAAUGAGGAAAGCAGUUUCAUCAAUUAAGUUAAACUAAAGCCGUAGAAAUAUAAUCCGAAUUAGGAAUUCUCAGAGAACGUGAUGCACAUUCUUGAUAGAAGUCAUAUCAAAUACUAGGUUAAUUUAGAUGAUGAUUUUACUAUUGAAUCUCAGAUAGCAAAGAAAACAAUAAAAACUGAGUAAAAGAUUAUGAAAAUGAUGGGACCUAGUAAAUUCCAAGAAUACAAGAGCGAACAACUUAAAAAUCUUAAAAAUAAAAGUGAUUACUUUUUGCCUGACAUUAAAGAUUACUACAGAAUAAUAGAGAGAGGCUUAGAGAAAUUAAAAGAAAAGAACUAUGAUGAUUGGAGCAUGCUGGUUAAAAUGUGUUUUGAUGAUCCCUACAAGAAAAACUAAAUUUAAAACUAAGUCUCCAUCGGCUCUGUUGAGUUAAUGAGGUUUCAUCCAUUUUUCAACAAACUUAGUUACUAUGCUGUAAAAGACUUUGUAUCAGGAUGUAAAGUAGUAAAACUCAGACCUAAUUAGUUAUUAUACAGAUAGGACGACAUAAGCACUGUGAUCUAUGUGAUCAUGUUUGGCAAGAUUAUACUUCAUCACAGGAUACUUGGGGCACUUGGGGUAUUAGGGAUGAGUAAUACAGUAGGAGAAGAGACAAUGAUUGAGCAUAAAUUAAGCAAAAAGAAGGAUGCAGCAUAUGCUUAAAGUGAAUGCUAUCUUUUGGAAUUUGACUAAAAGGACUGGUCUAGAAUAAAAGAUAUAUUGAUAUCAACUGGAAACAAGUCUGAUUAUAUUUUGAUUGACUCUUUGAUAAAACAAAAUUACUAACAAAAAAAGAAUUGGAGAUAAUAUAAGUAAAGAUCUUAUCUCAAUAUCAAGAAUGAAUAGUGA